CUUUUCUACAUAUCACUCCAAACAAGCUGCAGUACUUUAAAUCUGAACCAGUUUCUUUUAACUGUGUUGGAUUUGGUGGCUGGGGUAACUUGAAAGGGAUCGGCAAUACUGGGGAAUUCAAACCACCCUUUGAUAUGAAGAGGACGUCAAUGGAAUCCUCCUGGAUCAUUGAUACAGCCUAUCCAUCAGACAGUGGAGAAUACUGGUGUGAAACAAAAGAAGGAGAGAGAAGCAACUCUGUCUCCAUCACUGUCACUGAUGGUUCUGUGAUCCUGGAGAGUCCUGCUCAUCCUGUGAUGCAGGGAUACGCUGUGACUCUGCGCUGCAGGAAUAAGGCAAAGACCACCAACCUCCGAGCUGAUUUCUAUAAAGACGGUCAAUUAAUGAACAACAGUCCUGCAAGAGAGAUGAUCAUUAACAAUGUUUCCAAGUUGGAUGAAGGACUCUACCGAUGCAACAUCUCCGGUGUUGGAACAUCACCAGAGAGUCGACUGACUGUCACAGCUCCUCAAAGAGACAUUUGCCCACCCUCAGAUCACUCCACUCACAUUUACCUGAUCUUAAGAACUGUGUUCACCAUUGUGAUGGUGGCUCUGCUGCUGCUGCUGCUGGGACUGAUGCACUGUGGGAAACUCAGAGUUACACACAGAUAACUGAUGCUCACAUGUAAAGGAACCCACCAACAUCGCCAGACAACCUUUACUUAGGACCCAGUAUAGAUGCCAACAACAAUAAAUAUUUCUCAUUGCAUUAACUCAGAUAAUUACAGCGUACUGACUCUAAAUAGAAGCUGUAGCCUGCGCUCACAUUCGGUACGUGUCAGUGUGCACUGUACACACACGCAGCUUCACCACGUGUCAGUGCGUGACACUGAGCACAACAACAGUCAGUGUUUUUUAAUGAAGUCAAAUGAGCUUAUAAUAACUGAAACAUUAUCACAUGAGGAUUUAGCCUUUUAUCAUCUGGAUGUAAGAAUGUGCUUUUUCUGCUGU